AUGAGACCAAUGUUAUAGUAUUACUAUAUUGCAGGAACUAUUUUAGAUGUAAAAACCAAAAAGCAAGCAUAUGUUUUUAUUAUACUUGGUGUUUUUAAGUUCAUUAGCGGAAUUUGUUCUGGGUACAUAUCAGAUAGAGAUCAUUUUUAUAUGGUGGCAACUACAAGUACAAUAAUAGUUGAGUUGGCUUUAAUUGUUAGCAUUAUUAGUGAUUAUACUGAUAAUUAUACUUUGUGUUUCAUUGCUGGAGCUCUAUUGGAAACAUUUAAUUGUUUGCUUCUAAUAUGA